AGCUCAACCACUCCCAAUUUCAAAUAAUCCAAACCUACCCAAAUCAGCUCCCAACCCAAGCAGAAUUCAAAACUACAAAUUGCAGUCCCUCCCAACUCCAAACCAACUCAAACUCAUUCCUCAUCAUAAAAGAACUUUGAUUUACACCUCUCUCCCAUUCAGCUCUUCCCUGCCUUCUGAGUCUCCUGACCAUUAUUAGUGGGUGGGUAUCUUAUAAGCUCCUGUCUGUCUACAGUCUUCAUCAGGGGUUGAAGUGGUGACUGCUUGAUACAGCCUCAAUACACAGAUACGAUUGCAGAGUCAGACCUGACCAACAUCGUAAAUCUUAAGCUUCGUUGGCGCACAUAAAUAAAGGAAUAAGUACAUACACUGCCAAGUUUCGAUGAUGGCCCAUUCUGCCGUCCAAUCACCUACCCUGGGUACUAACUCCGGAGCAGAGAACUCAACUCGGCGGCUACGAACUAGAGCCCCAAGGUCCAACCUACUCGCUCAAAUCUCGUUUGAUGACAUGGAGUACUUCACCCAUCCCAAGAAUCGCCCACGCACCGAGAGGAGACCAAAUCGUUCGCCUUCCAAGGCUAUGUCGCCUGACGAAGACUAUGAGGACCAUUCGAUGUCCAUCGAUCCGUUCAUCCAUCACCCAGCCAGCAAGUCAACUCGCCGUUUAAAGAUCUCGCGUCAACAUCGCAUCUCUCCCCCACCCCCUCUACCAUCACCUCAACUGCCCUACAUCCGAUCCGAGAAAUAUCCAGCCUGGUUACUUGGAGACGCCAUGGCCAAAUCCUCGGCCAAUUAUUUGUCACAAAAAACUCAAGAAGCUCCACUGACUACCCCACUCUCGAGCCAGCAACAGAACACGCAAACCAGUCCGAUCCGUCGAUCCGCAAGCUCAUUCUUAGGCACCAGUCCACUCAAACAUCACCACUUCCAUACCUCCCUCAGUCGCCAAUCUUCCUCCAGCAACCUCAACUUCAACAACAAGCGCCCCUCCCUUGGCCGCUCAAUCUCUCCCGAUGAGGCGCUCGACAGACGUCGCGAAAAGUUCUGGGAGCUCUACGAAUACGACUCCACCUCUCCCCAUCUCCAAGCCCGAUACUUCGAUAAGCCUUUGCCGACAAACGAACAAUGGGCCGAUCUGGAUAUCCAAAAUGUGGCCAUCAUCCCCGAUCCUCAACCCGGACCACCCGCCGUCCAUCUCGUCGAAGUCUUCCAACCCACGCGUGUUGAUUGCACUAAUCCUCAGCCUCCUUCUAAUUCCCUCUCCCAUAUCCAACUCAACUCUCAACAGCUCAAGCCUCAUAUUCCGUUUGGAUUGAGCCUUCUACCUUCCGAUUACGCACUUCAUAAGAAGUAAAAAUUUCCAAUUCUUCUUUGUCUCCUCUCAAGUCACCCCACUAAAUUUAAUCCUUUCAAAUACCCUGACAUUUUUUAAGAACCCAAGAAAUCCACCUCCGGCUUCUCAGUUUUUGUUCUCUUUCUCCAGGUGUCCAUGCAUCAAAACACGGACACAUGCAUGUAAAUAAAUCUAACUACACAAAUCGGAUGCUAUGUAUUUGCUCCAGGCUCUCCUUAUUUUCCUUUCUUUCUUUCCUCUCUUUUUUUUCUUGUUGUCUUUUUUUUCUUUUUUCUUUCUUCACUUUGCCCGUCUUGAUGAUCUGAACUAAAUUAUUAAUCGAGGUCUGAUCCAAUAGCUUUUUCUCCCCUCCCUCCCCUGUGAUCGUUAUCGCAAACUAAAACAUCGUUAGUCAUCAUGAAACCUGUCAUUAUGUAAUCAGUCAGAUCAUACGACAAACCCAACUUUUUUAAUUAUAAAUAUUCGG